CGGCCGAGCCCGGCCGGGGACUGAGGGCUUUUGGGACCCUGCGGGAGCGCGGCGCGCGCUCCGCACUCCCCGGGAAACAGCUGGACGCGACCACAUCCCGGGCAGAGGCGGGGGGAGCGCGACGCUCCGCCCCGGCGCUCGGCUCCCUCCCUCCUCGCGGCUCUCCGCAGGCGCCCGCCCCUCGCCGGGGGCUGCGAGUUGCGUUCGGUAAAACCCAGCCCCGGAAUAUAUAGAUCACCGGAGCGCAAUGAAGUAGCCUUUGGAGAGCAGGGAGGGGGCCCGUCCGACAGCCACAGCGGCCAGCGCAGCGGCGGCGGCACCAUCACCGCUCGCACCCCAGCCGCCCGGCCCGCGAGGAGGCAGCGGCGGCCUCCGGCGGGAGCGGAGGAGGCGGCGGAGCAGCGCGGGGAGGCGACGGGGAGGAGCGGCGGCGCGCGGCCGGCGGGUCCACGCAUCUGGGCACUUCCAGACCAACUCCCGCGCCUUCCACACCCCCGCCCGGGCCGGGGGCUCCGAGAGCCGCCGCCGAGCCGGCCCGAUCCUCCCGGCGAGCCGUGCCCAGCCCUGCCCUGCGCCUCCCGGGCUCCGGUCCGCGCGGCGGGCUCCUCGCUCCUGCGCCCCGGGCGCGCCUCCCGGACACCCCGGUCCCCGCAGCCAGGACAAAGCCAUGAAGCCGGCGCUGCUGGAAGUGAUGAGGAUGAACAGAAUCUGCCGGAUGGUGCUGGCCACUUGCUUGGGAUCCUUUAUCCUGGUCAUCUUCUAUUUCCAAAGUAUGUUGCACCCAGUCAUGCGGAGGAACCCCUUUGCUGUGGACAUCUGCUGCCGGAAGGGGUCCCGAAGCCCCCUGCAGGAACUCUACAACCCGAUCCAGCUGGAGCUCUCAAACACCGCCGUCCUCCACCAGAUGCGGCGGGACCAGGUGACAGACACGUGCCGCGCCAACAGCGCCGUGAGCCGCAAGCGGCGGGUGCUGACGCCCAGCGACCUGAAGCACCUCGUGGUGGACGAGGACCACGAGCUCAUCUACUGCUACGUCCCCAAGGUGGCGUGCACCAACUGGAAGCGGCUCAUGAUGGUCCUGACCGGGCGGGGCAAGUACAGCGACCCCAUGGAGAUCCCGGCCAACGAGGCCCACGUCUCCGCCAACCUGAAGACCCUGAACCAGUACAGCAUCCCGGAAAUCAACCACCGCUUGAAAAGCUACCUGAAGUUCCUGUUCGUGCGGGAGCCCUUCGAGAGGCUGGUGUCGGCCUACCGCAACAAGUUCACGCAGAAGUACAACACCUCCUUCCACAAGCGGUACGGCACCAAGAUCAUCAAACGCCAGCGGAAGAACGCCACCCAGGAGGCCCUGCGCAAAGGGGACGACGUCAAGUUCGAGGAGUUCGUGGCCUAUCUCAUCGACCCCCACACCCAGCGGGAGGAGCCCUUCAACGAGCACUGGCAAACCGUCUACUCCCUCUGCCACCCCUGCCACAUCCACUACGACCUCGUGGGCAAGUACGAGACACUGGAAGAGGAUUCUAACUACGUCCUGCAGCUGGCAGGAGUGGGCAGCUACCUGAAGUUCCCCACCUAUGCAAAGUCUACGAGAACUACUGAUGAAAUGACCACAGAGUUCUUCCAGAACAUCAGCUCAGAGCACCAAACGCAGCUGUACGAAGUCUACAAACUCGAUUUUUUAAUGUUCAAUUACUCAGUGCCAAGCUACCUGAAAUUGGAAUAAAGGGGGUGGGGAGGGGGAGAGAAUCAUGCUUUUUAAUUUAAGAUUUUUAUUUGUCAAAAGAAUUAUAUGGAUAUUGGGUUAUUUUGUAAAUUAAUAUUUCUUUGGGGGUGAUGCUGCGAGCAGCAUAGUGAGAAUUAUUUAAAAUCCUUCGUAGGGAAGGACGGCUGUCUUUGCAGGGGAAUAGGAUGGGUUGUCUUUGUUUUUUAGAAGUGAAUACUGCAACACUGUCUCAAAGGUUUCCUUGUGUUCUGGUGAAUUCCAUGAAUUGUGCAUUCCAUAAAUUCUAAUUAAUAUUAUUUAUAGUUAUUUAAA